AUGUGGAAUGCAGAGAGUGGGAUGAAGGUAGCUGUUCUGGAUGGGAAGAUCCACAUGUGGAAUGCAGAGAGUGGGAUGAAGAUGGCUGUUCUGGAUGGGAAGAUCCACACGUGGAAUGCAGAGAUUGGGAUGAAGGUAGCUGUUCUGGAUGAGAAGAUCCACAUGUGGAAUGCAGAGAGUGGGAUGAAGGUGGCUGUUCUGGAUGGGAAGAUCCACAUGUGGAAUGCAGAGAUUGGGAUGAAGGUAGCUGUUCUGGAUGAGAAGAUCCACAUGUGGAAUGCAGAGAUUGGGAUGAAGGUGGCUGUUCUGGAUGGGAAGAUCCACAUGUGGAAUGCAGAGAGUGGGAUGAAGGUGGCUGGUCUGGAUGAGAAGAUCCACAUGUGGAAUGCAGAGAGUGGGAUGAAGGUAGCUGUUCUGGAUGGGAAGAUCCACAUGUGGAAUGCAGAGAGUGGGAUGAAGGUAGCUGUUCUGGAUGAGAAGAUCCACAUGUGGAAUGCAGAGAGUGGGAUGAAGGUGGCUGUUCUGGAUGGGAAGAUCCACAUGUGGAAUGCAGAGAGUGGGAUGAAGGUGGCUGGUCUGGAUGAGAAGAUCCACAUGUGGAAUGCAGAGAGUGGGAUGAAGGUAGCUGUUCUGGAUGAGAAGAUCCACAUGUGGAAUGCAGAGAGUGGGAUGAAGGUGGCUGUUCUGGAUGAGAAGAUCCACAUGUGGAAUGCAGAGAUUGGGAUGAAGGUAGCUGUUCUGGAUGAGAAGAUCCACAUGUGGAAUGCAGAGAGUGGGAUGAAGGUGGCUGUUCUGGAUGGGAAGCACACGGGUCCCGUCACCUGCCUUCAGUUCAACCCCAAAUUCAUGACUUUUUCUAGUGCCUGUUCAAACAUGGCAUUCUGGCUCCCCACUAUUGAUGAUUGAUUGAGAGGGCGAGAAGCUAUGGAAGCCACAGGCAACGUGAGAUCCCAUUUAAAACCAGCAGGCGUCAGCACAUCCAGCUCUUUGUGUGUGUGUGUGUGUGUUGCCAAUUCAAGUUGAUUGUAAGUAUGUAGAACUUCAGGAAUAUAAAUUGUCCGAUUUUUGUGUUCUUUUUAUACUUGUAACAUUAAAUGUUUUAUUUUUUAACAAG